UUCCUCCCGGACUCUGCUGCGUUUCCAAUCUGGCAAUCGAUUCUUAACAGCUGCAGCUGCAGAUUGGAAGCAGCCUUCAUUUCUUCCCCCCGCGUCCUAGGAGAUCCUUGUCAAUUUGGGGGCUUUUCGGUUUUUUGCGGGGGUGGGUUUUUUGUUUGCUUGCCUUUGAAAGAAUGCUUUACUUGACUUUUCCCAAAAAGGCGAUAUGUUUAUUUCCUUCCCAGGUGAUCGCUUCCUUAUAUCCCAUGAAAGAUCUUGAUGCUGAUAUAUGCAGAGGGUACAUAAAAAUGAUGACUAAUAUAGUUAUCCUGAGCCUCGUUCUUUUCAUUUCUUUAUCUUUCUGGAUUGUGUCUAUGACUGCAAGCACGUAUUAUGGUUCCUUGAACCCUAUUUCUCCGUGGCGAUGGCUGUUUUCUGUGAUAGUUCCUGUUUUGAUUGCAUUUAAUGGCUUAAAAAAGAAGAGUCUGGACCACAGUGGUGCCUUGGGAGGAGUAGUAGUCGGAUUUAUCUUGACCAUCGCAAAUUUGAGCUUUUUUACUUCUUUGAUGACAUUUUUCAUAUCUUCCUCAAAACUCACCAAGUGGAAAGAAGAAGAAAAGAAGCGUCUAGAUCCCGAAUAUAAAGAAGGGGGGCAGAGAAAUUGGAUUCAGGUUUUCUGUAAUGGAGCUGUACCUACAGAGCUGGCAUUGCUUUACAUGAUAGAAAAUGGGCCAGGUGAAAUCUGCAUUGAUUUCUCCAAACAGUACACCGCUUCCUGGAUGUGUUUGUCUCUCUUGGCUUCCUUGGCCUCCUCUGCAGGAGACACAUGGGCUUCAGAAAUUGGCUCUGUCGCGAGUACUACCCAACCAAGGCUGAUAACAACCUGGCAAAGAGUUCCAAUUGGUACCAAUGGAGGGGUCACGGCGGUAGGCUUUCUCUCCAGCUUUCUUGGUGGGUCCUUGGUGGGCAUGGCCUUCUUCUUCACCCAGCUGAUUUUUGUGAAUGAUUUGGAAUCUUCUGCUCCCCAAUGGCCGGUCGUUGCAUUUGCGGGAAUGGCUGGUUUAUUGGGAUCGGUUAUUGACUCAUACUUAGGAGCAACAAUGCAGUACUCUGGUUGGGAUGAAACCACCCGCUCAGUUGUCAGCCAGCCAACUGGUGAGACAAAAUACAUAUCGGGGAAGCCUAUUCUUGAUAACAAUGCUGUGAACCUGUUUUCUUCCAUCCUCAUCGCUCUCUUGCUUCCCAGUGCAGCAUGGGCUCUCUGGCCCGUAGAAUGAACUGUUGUUGAUUUCCGUUGUUUAGAGACCAAAACUGAGUCUAAGGUGAACUUUUCAAUUCCAAGAUUUAACCUCAAAACAAUCAUUUGACCCACCCCACUUGUAGGGAUUUAAUUUAAUUCGCAUUUUAUCUUCCCAUAAUCAUAAGCCUCUUGCAAUAGCUGGAAACAUUCCAGGAAGGAAAAUUCAACAGAAGAAAAACAAAAAACAAACAUAUCUUCAGGACCUCGGCAUUCAGUUUUCCAAUUGAAUGGAACUGUUGGAUCAAAAAGGGAAGUCUUUUCUUUUGGCUUCUGGAACUGAAGACAUACUCCUUCUGUGGCAUCCUUGGAAUUUUGUCAACAUAGGAAGGGAAACCAGAAAUUGCAUGAAGAAAUCUAACCUGACUCUCAUAUCAAAACCCUGCUGUGCCUGUUACUGGCUUAUUAUAUCCAUUUGCAGUGAUUUAAACAAGUGUGUGUUUGGAAACAUAAUUUUUGGAACUUUCGAUUUUCUCAUGGUUUUCAUCAAUUGAACAUAGUUAUCCUAAGUUUAAAUGUUGUUUUUAGGUCCUAGUAAGCUAUAUCCAUGUAAGAGCAUCCUUAUUCCUGUUUAAUUAGUGGGAAAAGUUUAAUAAAAUAGGUAGUUAUAGUUGUUCUUAUGUCUAUUAGAAUAUGAGGGGAAGAAACAAACGACUCAUUAAAAAAACUAUGUGUCUUGCAUGUGUUUUAAUGUAAAUCACGUGUACUCUACUGGCUUUUUUUUUUAAGUUGCUGUGUAGAAAUUAAUUUAUUGAUUUCAGUAGGUUGUUUCUGAAAAAGUCUUGCGUAGUAGGCUUUUUAUUUAAAGUAUCUGUAAAGUGGUAUAAGAUUCCAACUUACAGUUUCCAUUUGAGGUGUUAAUGCUUGAUUGCAAUGGUACCUGUGAAAUGUGCUGCCUCCUAACUAUUUUUUGAUGACCUGUGAGGGAUUCAUUGGAAGGUACAGUGUUUUGUUUUUGUCAUAGAGACCUACUGUGUAUUUUCCUUUACAUCGCCUUCUCAAGGUUGCUUCCCUACUUGUCACUUUUAUUUCAGAUUUUUAUUCAAGUCUGUUUGCUUCUUUAUUUUUCUACUUGUCCCCUAAUUUUUGUAGAUUCCUGUUAUUUUUACACCACCUGUCUUCUCCCCCUUCCUACGUAGCAGACUGUCUCUUUUGACAGUUUUUUAUAAAAGGAAAAAAAAAGCCGUUCGACUACUCUCACCAACAUAUAUCUUCAGAGUCUUACUAAAUCUGUAGUGUUCCCUACCCAUAGUAAAGUGGAGAGGAGGGAAGUACAUUUUCUCACUGCUGGGAAAGGAGGUCAGAAAGGAAGAAGAGGGUCUCGGUGGAUGGUCUCAGUAUUUCUGGAUGAGGCAAGAUUCUGCAGCUGAA